AUGCCAUCUAAACUAUCAUUGCAUAUUGCUAGAGAAAUUGCAUCGAAUAAAGGGGGUGAGUGUCUCUCUGAAAAAUAUACCAAUAAUAAAACUCCAAUGCUUUGGAGGUGUGCCAAAUCUCAUGAAUGGUUUACAACUCUUGAUAAUAUAAAGUAUAAAAAAACAUGGUGUCCACAAUGUCCUAGAAGAUGUCCUACUCGAACCAGAACCAUUAAGGAUAUGCAAAUGCUUGCAGAAAAAAAGGAUGGUCUUUGCCUUUCAGUUAAGUAUAUUAAUAGACAAGAUCCUCUUGAAUGGCAAUGCAAAAAAGAACAUAGAUGGAAGGCUUCAGCUAAGGAUAUUCUCAAUGGAACUUGGUGCCGGCAGUGCCGAUUUCUCAAUAUUGAUAUAGCAAAAAAUAUUGCACAAGAACGAGGUGGUAAAUGCCUUUCUACAGAAUAUAUUAAUGCAACUACUCUAAUGCUUUGGAGAUGCUCUAGAGGCCAUGAGUGGUCCGCGCCUCUUAAUAGAAUAAAGAAUAUAGGUAGAUGGUGUGCACUAUGUGCUGGUAAUAUUCCUUGUGGCCUUAUGGAAGCUAAGGAAAUUGCUCAUAGUAGAGGAGGUAUGUGUCUUUCUACGGAAUAUAUAAAUCUCUGUGUUCCAAUGCAAUGGAUCUGUAAUAAGGGCCAUAAGUGGUUUGCAAGCUUUAAUGGCAUAAAACAUGCUAAAUCAUGGUGUCCAUAUUGCUUAAAUAAACAUGAAAAUAUGUGUCGUGAAAUUGUAACAAAAAUUAUUGGUCCACCUUCUAGCAUUCGCAGACCAGAUUUCUUGAAAACACAAGAAUAUCCUCGAGGACUAGAGCUUGAUAUUUACUAUCCGCAGUAUGGAUUUGCCGUGGAGGUACAAGGUAAACAACAUGAGCAAUACGUAAAACACUUCCACAAAAAUGAGGAAGACUUUGAAAGGCAAUUAAUGCGUGAUCAGCUCAAAAGAGAACUCUGCGAUGAGAAUUGGAUUGUUCUUAUUGAGUUAUGGUAUUAUGAAGAUCCGCAUAUAGUUAUUCCGAAGUAUCUUAAGGAGUUGGGACUUAUUGACUAG